GAGGGACACUCAAUUUCAAACCCAUCUUCUUUCUGCUUUCAUAUAUGGCUUCCUCUCCCACAAGCAAGAUUACGAUGAAGGCUUCAAAAUCCAUAGCUGAUGUGGCGUCAUGGUAUUGUGCCGUAGUCUUGUUAGGCUUAAUCCUGUUGGCAUCUAUCAGGGAGAAUUCCGUCGCAGAUGAACCUGUGAGAGGGAACAAGUUCUCGGAGCGGCCCUGCGACGAAAUCUAUGUGGUCGGAGAGGGCGAGACCCUCCACACCAUCAGCGACAAGUGCGGCGACCCAUAUAUCGUGGAGCGCAACCCGCAUAUCCAUGACCCCGAUGAUGUGUUUCCUGGACUGGUCAUCAAGAUCACUCCCUCCAAGUCCAUGUCCAGGAAGCUCUUGAGGUAGUUUAUAGAAAAUUGUUUUCCUUUUUCCCCUUUCCCAAUACCAGGAUGUAACAUAUAUAUAUAUAGACAAGGUUUCAUGGGUUAUAUAUUACAAGCUUAAUUGUUUGAUUCAAAGAAAUAAUUUCCAAAUGAGUUGAAGCUUUUGUAAUUUGUCUGUACUUCUUCGUCUUCACAUGCCCUUAGAUGUUAUGAUGGUGUCGCCAAUAAUUCGUGGCUAACAGCUAGCUGCAUGCUUUGCCUUCCUUUGAA